ACCCAAUUCAGUUACGUUUUGUUACUCGCGAGAAUCGUUUCAGUUUUACGGCUGGCAGCAAGCGUUUUGACACUGGUAAAUUAUUUGUGGUGAAUUUUCGGGUGCAGGUGGAAGUUAUUGGCUGUAGAAAGUGUUGCUCACCAGAAAAGGUGUUUGCGGCGAAGUGCAGGGAAAUUGAAACGUGCGUACGGAACGUACAAGAGUAUCGCCGUGGAAACAAAUAUAAGAAAAAGUGAACGAAAAUUGUCAAUUGUGUGAACAAUUUCCGAUAUUUGGUGUGUUUUCUGCUGGUUGACGUCGCCGUCGCCACACAGGAGAAAGGAGAAAAAGAACACUCAACAACAUAAACAUUUAGCACGGACGGGGAAAGCAUUAGCAGAAGAAGAGCUACUGUUGCUGUCCACCGUAGCACUCGUGUAACGAAGGGAAAGUUUUCCCGGUUUGGUUCUUGUCCUUGAAUAAAAGAAAAGUGAGUUUUUAAAUUAUUCGGAAAGUGUCAUCCCCAGAGGAAACCCACGUUCUAUCCGAAGCAGCCAAAGUGCCCUUGGCUCAUCAGAAUAUUCGCGUAGGCUAGGGGGAAACGCGGAAGAAAGUGGUUUAUUUAUUUUUUUCACCCGUGUUUGUGUGUAUGUGUAUGUGCUCAGAGGAGAUUGCAGUACAAGUGCGACCGAGUUCGCUUCGGCUAUCGAGUAAACUGUGAAAAUUGGAAAAGUUUUCAAUUUGACCACGUGGCAGAGCAUAGCAAGAGGGGAAAGUCUACUCAAGUACUUACAACAGCGCCGCAGACAUUUGCAAAGACUGACCAGUUCUUGUGUAGAGUGAGAACCCGCUAGGCAGAGGGGACCCACCACUGUCCUCUUAACUGUUCCGUGAGAAGCCGGAUCCGUCGCCGUCGUGAUCGCCAACACAAUACAGCAGCGCAAUGCAGUGCGGAGUUGAAACCAUGAAUGACUGCGAACGAUCGCCCGGCCGCACCGGUCUGCGGGUUAACUUCACCGAGAAGGGUGAGGUGAAGGAGCGCCGGGAGAAAUUCCUCACCGCCAAGUACGGUUCGCACCAGAUGAGUCUAAUCCGGAAGCGGCUGGCGGUGGAGAUGUGGCUUUACGACGAGCUGCAGAAGCUGUUCGAUCCCCCGACGGAAGCGAUAGAUGUUGAUAUAGACGAAAUCCUCGAUAUGGAUACCGAUGACAUCAGAAGAUCUCAUUUAUUUAGCCUGCUGUCCGUUUGCAAACGACCUCCCCAAGACAUAUCGAAAUUCAUCAGCGAUUUGCUGGACCGGGCAAAAACCCUCUGAGCUGGACUGGUCAUUUCAGUUUAAAUAAUGUAAUUUUAAAACUAAAAAAAAAUAACUUCGGUCGUAAGCACACACACACACACGCAUACAUUAUUAAGGAAAUGCAAGUGUUAAUUUAAUCUACUGAAAACUUGUAAAAGCUAAGAAGACAACAAGCAGCAAACGUGCAUGAUCGUCAUUCUCGUAUUGUGAAAGUUGAAACAAAAAAAAAACAAAAUUUAAGCAUCAAUCAGGCUCAAAUCCGUUUUAGCAAAACUCACUCAAAAGGGAGAAUUAAACUUUGUAAUCGAACAUCAAAUGGCCGGAUUCAAGUAACCGGCAGGCCAAUGAAUCAAUUUGAUAAUCUUGUAAGUGAAUAUUUUAGAUAACGUGUAAGGGAUAAUGUUGUUCAAAAGUUAUAUUACAAAAAAAAAAACGAUUAGUGAUUUAUUUUUUCAGCCUAAGUAAUCUAAGUUAAAUGUUCUCUCUUAGUUUAUUAAUUAGCCAUUUAGGUGACAACUGCAUUGAAGUCUUUAUAUAUGUCCUUAUGAGCUGGACACCAUUUGUUGGAGAUGCAGAACAGAACAGAACAGAACAGAAACAUGAACAAAAGAUAUACAUAGCUGAGAAAGAUUGAUUUUUUUUCUCCAAAGAAUAAUUUAAUUAUCUGGAACUAUAAUUACUUUGUUGUAAGCUGAAUCGAGCAGGUCAAUAUACAGAUUCAAAUUAAGCUGUAAGACAAAAAAAAGAGCAGAAUUGUCCCCUUGUUUCAGUGUUCCUCCUAAUCUCCUCGUAGUUUCAGUAAAGUUUCUAUUUUCACUAAAGAUUUACUCACACUUCGUACAUACGUUUCGUUCGUUGUUUUGUAAAACCACUGCCAGGAGUGCUGCGUGCUGCCACCUAGCCACCAGAUGCUGAAACGCUCGAAUGCCAUCCGCUCAAGUCAAUCCAAUAACCACAAAGAAGGGUGACCAGACGAAACUGACAGGCUUUCACCGUGCUCAUGGUGGACAAAUCUUUCGUUGCAAUUAGAAAGUACAUUCAUUCAGAAGUGUAGUUAUUUAAAACGCCAAAGGCAUGAACUUGAAACUGAGCUCAUUGGAUUUAGAAUAAUAAAUUGGAACUAAGCAGACGAACGAAGCAGUGAAACGAGUUAGUCGUUCGUUAAAAGGAAGAAAAAAAAACUAAUAAAAUAGUAUAGAAAAUCACUCAUACAACUCAUCAUCAAAAAUUGAAAUAAAUUAAAAACGAAGGCCAAUCUAAAAUCAUCUUUCAUCACAGCUGAUUUGAUGCUUUUGCUCUUUCGCUUUAAGUUUCGAUCAUUGCACUGGCAAAAAGUUUACUGCUACUGCUCGAGCGUGUUUUUUUUUAAUUAGUAACAUAUAUAUUAUCAUUCAUAUCAUUGAAAAACAACAGCAGCAAAAGAUUAGGCAAAUAUAUCUUACCAUGCACACGAACACAUGUAACUUCUUCUAAAAAAUAUCAGUCUAUAAGAAAUGUUUGGUAGUGUAUUCACCGUUCAGCUAUUUGAGAUAGGAUACUAUUCACAUUUAACAGAGUAUGUUUUAGGCUUGAGCCGUAGCUCACACAUCUUAAUCGAUAAAUACUGUCAAUAACACACACCCCCACAUGCAAAGAAAAACAGAACAAAAAUUACUGUAUGUAAAAGUGCUAGAAUUAAAUCCAACAAUAGAUUGAUCCAACACAACACACAUACACAAGCAAAAUAGCGGUGUAGUAUUAGUGACCGGACAAAACUGGAAAACUCCCUAGUAUUUUCUGGCUUGUAACAUUUUCUCCAGAUGGAAAUCGAUGUGAUCCAAAUGUACACGUACUUUUGAACUUACCAACCAAUUGAACGAAACUAACAGCAAAAUAAAAACGAAACAAAAAAAAAAGUCGUCCCUAGAAAAUCGGUCACAAAUCCGCAAGCAAACACGUAAUAAUCAUGCAUGCAUUGUUUAUAGUAUAGUAUAACUCGAUUUAAAGAGUUCUCGCUUAGAGUAGAGCUGCUGGCAAGUUUGUAAUGUAAGAGAUAAAUAAGCAUUGAGGUUCGAGAGAAAAUUUGAAAAUUUACACAUUGGGAGCUGCAUCGAGAGCGCCAUUGCUGCCGGAAUUUGAGGUGUAGGGAUUCGGUUUUGAAAAAAGAAAAACCAACAGUGGCAGUUGAAAUGGAUGUGAAUUGACAGGUCAGGAAACAAACACAAAAAAAAAUAAUAAAGAGAAUAAAGUUUACAGAAAAAUGUGAAUAUAA